UCAAUGUGGCCGAAGCUGUUGUGCAAGUGCAACCCAACUGCCUCUACGGGUUGUCUCCUCAUUCUUACCAGGGAAACGAAGGAUUCAUACGCACACAGAAGAUGUUUUUCCACAUAGUAUUGGAAAGGAACAUGCAAUUGCACCCACGCUACUUCGGCCGCAACCUCCGCGAAAAUCUCGUCUCCAAGCUCAUGAAAGAUGUUGAGGGCACUUGCAGCGGUCGACAUGGGUUUGUGGUGGCAAUAACAGGCAUAGAGAACAUUGGGAAAGGAUUAAUCCGAGAUGGAACAGGAUUUGUGACAUUUCCAGUGGAGUACCAGUGUGUUGUGUUCAGGCCUUUUAAAGGAGAGAUUUUGGAAGCCGUUGUUACCAUGGUAAACAAGAUGGGGUUUUUUGCAGAAGCUGGACCAGUUCAAAUUUUUGUUUCAAACCAUGUAAGUUUUAUAUUUACUUCAUUGUUUUCUAUAUUUACUUCAUUGUUUUCUCCUAGAGGAAUGUGA